AUGAGUACCGCCACGGUGCCCUGGAGACCACCCGGCAUCGAUGCUACGCGUCAACCUUCACCACAAGAGGAGAGCUCUCACAAAUUGGCACAUAGUUUCACCUUCUCCUACUUUCAUGCACCGCGGAAUUUUGAUGGAGAAGACUACAGCGGGCAUGUACAACAGCUGGCAGUGGUAAAUACUGUCGAAGAAUUCUGGCGUGCCUAUUGCCAUAUUCGGCGGCCCGGCGAUAUCAAUACGAAGCUCGACCUGCACUUUUUCAAGGCAGAUAUCCGGCCGGUUUGGGAAGACCCGGAAAACGUGGAGGGUGGCAAGCUGUUCUGGCGCAUCAAGGCCAACUUCGCCGACCGGAUUUGGGAGAAUAUGCUGUUGCUCCUGGCCGGCUACCAAUUUGAGUUUGAU